GCGGGAGGCGGCGGGCGGGCAGGCCGGUGUGAGCUGUUUGGCCACCGGAGCCAAUCGAAAGCGGGGCCUUGAUCCUCUCCUCGGGCAGUGGCUGCGCCGAGCCAGUGCCGCGCUCCCCGCAGCCGUCGGGACCGGCACAGCCGCCUCGCUCUCUCCGCGCACCGCUGGCCCCACCGAGCGCCUAUGGGCAUCUGCAGCCGCCGAGGGCUUCGCACCACCGCCACCGGCAGCAGCGGCACAGGGCGGCGACCGCCACCCCGCUUCAUCGCCUCUUGGGAUCUAUAGCCGGCGGACGGAGCGCGCUGCCGACCCUUCCCCGCCUCCGUGCAGGAUGGUUUGGAAAUUUGCCCUGUCCAUUCUUCUGAUGGCAGCACUGGUUCGAGUUAUGGACACCAGGAAGAACCGCCCCGCAGGUGCCAUUCCCUCGCCGUACAAAGGCAGCAGCAGCAACCACUCAGAGCGGAGGCAGCAGCUGAACAAGGAGGUGUUGGCCUCCAGCCAGGAGGCCCUCGUGGUCACCGAGAGGAAGUACCUUAAGAGCGACUGGUGCAAGACGCAGCCGCUGCGGCAGACUGUCAGCGAGGAGGGCUGCAUCAGCCGCACCAUCAUCAACCGCUUCUGCUACGGGCAGUGCAACUCCUUCUACAUUCCGAGGCAUGUGAAAAAGGAGGAGGAGUCCUUCCAGUCCUGUGCUUUUUGCAAGCCACACAAGGUCACCUCUUCGACCGUGCAGCUGGAGUGCCCCGAGCUGGACCCACCAUUCCGACUCAAGAAAAUUCAGAAGGUCAAGCAGUGCCGGUGCAUGUCUGUGAACCUGAACAGCUCAGGCAAACUGUGAGAACAGGCACGUAGCCGCUGCUUGGUGUUGUCUCCAUCAGCUUUACUGCUGCCUCUCCUCUCCCACUGAGCAGACUGUCCAUUUUGUUGGUUUGUUUCUUCUUUUCCUUUUUUUUUGGUGUUUUGUUUUCUUUCAGGAGGCAUCUCUCCAGCAAGGAAAGGCUCCUUGUCAUUUGCCUACUGGAAUAACGCUUUAUAACCCACUGUGUUAGGCACUUCACCAUAAAGUUUCAUUGUAUUUUAAAUAUCAUCUGGCAGUUGAAUCUUCUGGAGUGGAGCAGGCUCACAGAAGUUGGGAUUGAUCAUCCAAGUGACCAGUUGGCUCGAUCCAGCAAUAAAUGUUUCCACUGUGUGGAGUAAAGCCCUCUGCCCUACACUCCAGUUCCCUCCACAAGUUGAAAACGCCUUCCCCGUGCUUUGGUCUGGAGCUUGCUUCUCUCACUUGGAAGUGCUGGGGUGCUGCCCAGGACUGGGGGACACAGAUGAGGGAGAGUAACGAGGAGUAAUGUGUGAAAAGCAAGUGAGACUUUCCAAUGAGGCUCCUCUCCUUAAGACGGCUUCAAUUGUGCAAUGACAAAUGAUUCUGGGCUUGUUGUCUGAACGGCAGAUCAGAAGGAAGGGGAAGAGGGUGAGGCGCUGGGUCAGCCACGGUGACCACAGAGCAGACUGAGGGUGGGUUCUGAUGCUGUUGUGGUUAGAGUAUAUUGAACACAUGGCCUCUGCAGCAGUGUUUAUUUUGUAACCUAGCUAUAGUAAACAGCUGUUUAAAGUAUUACAGACCUAGCCAUGUAUAUUUUUCUUGUGGCAGAGUAUGCCAGCGAUUAAAAUAUGUUAAGAGACUCAGUUGCUGGGUUGGCUGCCUGGCUUAAAAUGGACAUGGUUUUACUAUGCUUUUGGUAGGUUUUUGUAUGUUAGAUAUGUGUGUGUGUUUCUUAGUCCAAAAAGGACAACAUCCAUUUAUGACCUUAUAUUUAUGCCUGCUCAAACCAGGGGAGGUAGAAGGGUAGUGGGAGAGAACACUUAAGGGAAUGAUGUGUCCCCAAAGUUAUAAAAGCAUUGUCACACAAAGGACAAAGUUUGGUCAUUGCUGGACUGAAUACAAAAGCUACAUAAGUGUCAUCAAGUUGUGGGAGUGGUGUCUCUCCCAUGAUUGGAAACCAUGUUAAUGUGUUAGUGUUAGAGGACAAACACCUCAAUCAGUGCUGCUGGAAUGGGUCACAGCUGUGGGAGCAGGGAGAGAGUAAGUUGUAAUUGCUACACUAUUGGUGGUCCACUCAGUUUUAGAGACCUGCACAAUAAGUGUUGGUGAACACUUGCAGUUCAUUUUAAAUCAUACUAUGUUGUUAUUCAGUUGAUGGAGUUUAACAUGUCCUGUAUAUCCCAUUUGUUACAGUUCUGAUUUGUAUUAGUCCCAGCUGCAUUAAAAUCCUGUCUCAAAUCAGCCCCUUCCCCCAAACCAAAGCCAGUGUGCACGCAGUUGUCUGAAGCUCACAAAUUAAAAAUGACAUGCUGACUCCCUGUGAGUGUCGCACAGUUCAGCAUCUGCAGCCUGCUGCCAGAGCCCCUCCCCACCAGCCUCUUUGCAUGCAGCCCCUUCAAGGGGUUAAUGUGUUCAGCACUGUGGCCAGCCGGGGCUUCAGAGCCACAGGUCCCCAUUAUGUGACACAGGCCUCCCUAAGAGGCUUUGAGCACUGAUCUGCACAAGAGCUCCAAGCGGUUUACAGGGACUGCCGUGGGCAGGGGGAUGUUGGUCGGGUCUGGCAGCCCUGUUACAGGAACAGAUGUCGCCUUUCUGCUGUGACCUUCCAACGUGUCACAAGUGCACAGGGAGACUCCUCGCGCACGGAAUGCUUUAGGGGCUGUUGCUGCUGCCUUGUGGCAUCUUGCCAGCCCCAGGAUGGGCACAAUUCAGACUAGUCUUCAGAGUGUGGGUGUGGGUGCGGUGCAGAUGGGGAAGGUGGCAAUAUAGUCUGCUAAGACUCCGGGGAUCUCAGUCUUCACUUGAAAGGAAUCAACUGAAAGUGACAUUUUGGACCAGAGAGAGAAAAGCACCCUAGCAAAUUCACUUAAGAGAAACGUGCAAGAAUCUUUACCUUUAAGCUAUGUCCUGCCUGGGUUUUUCACCAGUUUGCAAUAUGAAUAUGCUGCAGCUUAAAGCUCCUUCUAGGAGUUGUGUUUAUGUAAAAAACUGAGUUGAGCUUGUAAUGGUUAAAACUGUAUUUAAUUCUUGUUUUAUAAAUGAAAACAAAAAAUGAAGAAAUGCUUUAAGUAUAAUGUAAUUAUUUUAUAGGUCAACUAUUAAAUUAUAGAUUAAAUAAUAAAGCUACUCUAGGGUUAUAUGGCAUCCAAGUGUUUUGCUUCAACAGUUUGUGUCCAACUGCUCUCUAAUCAGAAUAUUCUCCAGCUUCCUUUUCACCCUCCCAAAUAUAGGUGAAUGAUGGCUCACCCUGACAGGUUGGGAAAACCCUAACUACUUCUCCCCUUGUUUACCACUCCCCUCAGAAGUACCUGGAAGGCAAGGGGAAUAAUAAAAUGCAUUAUUCUUAAAUUCUGGAGUUGAUUUUGCAUGCACUUAUUCUGGGUUUUUUGGUAAACUGACGAACAAAGCUCCACCACUUGCUGAAACACUGCCAUCGUUUGCCAUAAGAAAAGUAACUGACCUAAAUAAUUUUGUUUAAAAUAUAUACAGAUCCUUAUGUAACAGGCACCAAACUACUCAUAAGGAAAAAAAAAAAGUUAUAUCCUAAGAUAUAGGUGAGUUUUAAUUGUUGCUGUCAGCUCUUGAAUAGGUUCAACAUACGGCAGUUCAAACACGGGGUAGUAUUUUGGGGUUUGUGGUGUUUUUUUCCCUUACCAACCCAGAGAUAAUUCAGUUUCUUAAGGGAAAAUUUCUGUGCAGAAGGGGAGCUGUCACAUUGACUGAUGAGCCUCCAUGUGACCAGAAGAGAUGCCAGUGAUGAGUCUUGAAAGAAGCAGAACCUAGACCACAGCUAGCAAGGGAGGGCUGCAUCCUUUAUGGCACUAUGCUUGUAAGAGCCCUUUGCUGUCUUCCCUUCCCUGUCUCUCACUCAAAUGUUCUCACAGUUCAGUGUUUGGAGAUUUUUUUUUUCCUGUUUUUUAGUAGCUGUUGCUUUAGAGAAUUAGUGUUUUGCUUUGCCUUAGCUACAUGUAGGCAGGCUCCCCGCUCAGACCUCCCAAGCUCCUCUGUCAUUUGGCUCAAAGGGAGCUCAGCAGUCACCUCCUCGAAUGCCCCUCUCUCAUUCCCACCCAUCUCUUGGCCAGUCUCCUGCUCUGCAGGUCAUGGAUUGCCCAGCACCCACCUGAACUUCUGCUGCUUCAGGCACAGCCCAGACUCCAGCUUCAGGUCUCUGUCUGUUGCUGCCCAACUGUUGAACCAUCAUCGUACCAGAGGCAUACUCUGUGAUCCAAAAAUCUCCCACUUGUGGAAGCAAGCCAAGAACAAGGCAAAUCUCUCCGAGUAGAUGGCAAAGCUGUAGGUCAGACCGAUGCAGUUACUUCUUGAAGUGGACAGGUGCUACAGGACAGGAGAAGGGAGGAGGACAGUGCAUGUUAAGCUCAACCACAAGGGAACUGCCAUGUUGGCAGGGCCCCAAUUUGGGGUGGGUGGCAAGUGAAGUUUCUAAGACAGUUAAUUUGAGCAGCAGCUGGGAAUAAAUGAGAUAACAGUGCUGACGCAAUAGGGACCCUUUAUGUUCAGAAAGACAGCAUUUUUUUGAGGCAAUGGACUUACCCCAGAUGCUCUUAUCAGUAGGUUGGAAGAAUAUCAGAUACAGGAACAGAUGGGUCACUUGUAAGCAAGAGAAUAACUCAGAGAACCUGUUCCAUAAGAAUCCUCUUGAUGGGUGGCAGACAUUAAAGGUAUUGGGGCAUGGUUUUCUCUUUUCUCCCUUUUCUGACUUGUUUACACUAUAUUCAGAAAAACUCAACUUCAUCAGUUUUCAUCUAUUCUGUCCCUAGUAGUUUAAAAUUUGUGUAACUGAAGUAACUCGUAUAGUGGAUUUGUCACAAAUUUGGAGUUGCUUUUAACCUAGAGUCUGCAACAAAAUAAUUGCAAUGCGAUGCCUUGUUAUAUGUUCUCUCAAUGAAAUUAAUAUUUGCUUCCAACUUUUUAGGCUGAUCACUGAAAAACUGGGCAAGAAAAAAAGUCAGUCUAAGGAAGAUCCCUCUAAUUAUUAUUCCCACUGCCACAGUUGGUUAAUAGUUAACUAAGUUUGGAAGUGUUUCAGGAUGAUGAAAGGUGCUACAAAAAAAGCUAACCCACUACAGUGUCAUGACGUGACAAAGUGCCAUGCUUCUGAAAGGCUUUAAUUGGCAGGCAAAACAACAUGAAUCCUCUUAGCUCCUCAUAAAAAAAACCAAAUUGUUCUGCCAGCAUGUCACAGCUGCUGCUCAGGUAUGAAAGUCCUUCUUUUGUUGCUGCAUUUAAGUAACAGUGAUCAAUAUGUGGUGUUAGCAAUCAACAAAGGCUCAGAAUUUUGUCUGUGAGAACUCUUGUAGAAUUAGGGCCAAUUCUUCAGUGUAGAGUGCUUGAGGUUGCAGUAAAGAGGGGGAUUGCAGCAAAUGAGGGGAGAGGGUUCAUCCUCUUAAAAAAACCUAAACAAACAAACAAACAAACAAACAAAGAACAUUGGACCAGAAUUCUGUAUAAAGUUGAGUAUGCUGCUAAAACCAAAGAGCACAAGUGAAACUUGUGUUGUGAGCCCCCUUUGGAUGUUUUGUGGGUCAACUGUGGUGCUGCACAUAGUGGGCUACUUUGCAUGAAGGUUUGAGAUAGGUUGGAGAGGAGCUUUAUAAAAGAGAAACAUGUUCUACCAAAUAGGCUGGGUCUGAGUAAAAUGAAAGAAAAAUCUAUGUAGCAGCAUGUGUCUUAAGAUCAUAAUAUGGUUCCAUCAGCUGCAGUCAACCUUUGACACUUCAGAGAGAUGGAGAUAGGCUUGAAAUAACUUCUAGCACCCAUGCUGCAGAUCCUGUAGAAAGGGUUAUGUAUGUAUGUGACCGAUUUAGGAGGUU